AUGGCAGGGCAGAACUCAUCAAACACUGCCGAGGCAAAGUCUGGUAACAACAACAACGCGACUGUGGCCGAUGGUGAUAAUCUACAAGCUGGCGUCGAGCAGAGCUCCGAUGUCUCUCCCAGGGAACCGACCAUCAUCCAGCGAAUCUGGACGAAGACUGGACUGGAUGCACCGACACUGAUGCUCAUGUUCAAAGGCUCGUUGCCACCAACCAUUGCAAUAGCGAUGUAUCACGCGCGGGACGUCGCCUCGGUUUACGCGACAGUGGGCUACCUGGUUGCAAUCAUUUCGAUCCUGGGCAUGUGUAUAAUGCCGCGCGGCAUGUUCUUGCAGAGCGUGCUCCUCAACGUUCUCGCCACUUGUGUAGCAUGCGCAAUGUGUCUACUGUCGCUCUACUACGCGACUCAGGCGAGGCUGCACACGACAACACCAGGCUCACCACCGAAUGAAUACGACUCUUCCGCCUCAGCUGUGCUGGCCAUUUGGCUCAUCUUUCAGACAUACUUGACCAACGCUUUGAGAGCGGCACUGCCAUAA